ACAUUUGGUACGCUGCACUCAUAAACAUUGAAAUGAGAAGUAUUUUUCUCUGCUUUGAUAAAGACUGAAGAAGGACAUUUGGUGCCCAAAAACAGCUGAUCAGCAGAUUGAAAAACACUGACUCCGGUCCAAGCAUGCUUUGUGAGGGAAGACUGUUGAGCAUGACCUUCGGUGAAUUGGAGGAGCUGGAUUCCCUCCCUCCUCAGAGGGCUCUCCAGAGUGCUUAUGGGUUGCCAAGAGCAGCUGCCGCCCUCAUACCAGGCUCCACUAGACACGCUCCACCCGUUCAUCGCAGUUCCCCCGAGCAGACAGGUAGCAUGGACCACUGGAGUGCUUCAGUGGAGAUGUACAUUCCUCCCCUGCAGUCCUUGGAUCUCCAGAGAGCCCUUCCAGGCAGACAGAUCUCUCCAAAGAUAGAGAUCCCGGAUCAGGCGUGCUCAGGUGGCGAUGCCCCUUUCUUGGUUCCCUCCUUCUGUCAGAGCAUCUGCCAAAACUACAGCGACCUCCAUAUUGGAGGAGACCAGGUGCUGCCUAUCUCAGCUAAUGAAGGCGAGCUGAGGCUCUGUGCUGACGCCCAGCCUGCUGGCCCCUUUCUUCAGUCCUGUGAUGUCCCCCCAGCUGUGGAGGAUUCUCUCCCAGGACAGACAUCUCAGGGUGGGCUUCUGCAUCAGCUGAGGGGAGCUUCUAAUCGUUGGAGAACGGGGAGUGGCCGUGAUCGGAGCUUUUUAUUCCAGGGGCGAGAGGGGCCAUUCUCCAACUCCCUCCUAAAUCACUACCUGGAGGAGAAGCUCUUGGAUCUCUACCAGCAAUAUAUGAUGGAAAACAUGGCGAGAGAAGAUUCUGACCCAGGCCCCAUUUGCCCUCUGCUGGGGUCAGAGUUGGUCCUGACCAGCCUGGACCAGAUCACUUUGAGGCUGAGCCGGGAAGGGAACCUGGAGGCCGGCCUGGCCAAGGACAUGGUCCUGAGCUGCCUGCUGCGCGUAGCUGGUGACAUGCAGUCGAGUGAGAUCAGCACUCCCUUAUUGCAGAUUUCAAAUGAGGCAUCCAGGGAACAGCUCACAGAGAAUAAGGAGUAACUCCAGUGUCAAGAAAUACACUCAUCUGGUUCUCCCUUUCAUUUUAGACACCAACACCAAAAAAUAAGAGCAAACUGAUGACUCCAUUUAUUUUAUAUUUUUCUUUUAUUUGCUGUUGAGAGGAUGUUGAAAACAUUUUUUGUAUAUGAUUAAAAAUUACCAGGAGAAUGUGCUAUAUUUUUGUAUCAUGAUUCAAUAUGCAGUCAUACAAUUGGCAUGUGUGUAUGUGUUGUGCUGUUGGGCAUUUUUAAAAAUUUUCUAAAGGACAAUAAA